UUUAGGGAAGCAAAUAGUGGUUGAAAAUGUGAUGCCUCCAUACCAGCAUCCAUAUUCAAAAAAUUUGCUAAAUGAUCCAAUGAAGAAUGGAUGUCACCUUGAAAGAAUAAAAUCUGGAAAACGAAACGGCAGCAUUUCAACUACAUCAAGCCAAGUCUCCAAGAAGUCAUGUACUUACACAGACCCACUUCAACGGUUUGCUUCAUUCCUUAAGAACAGAAAGUGCAAGGAUAUAAUUAUAAUGGCUGGUGCAGGCAUCUCUACUGCCAGUGGAAUACCAGACUUCAGGUCUCCUGGCACCGGACUUUACUACAAUACCAAGAAGUAUAACGUUUCUAAUCCUACUGAUGUUUUUGACUUGAAAUAUUUCAACCGAAAUCCCAACCCUUUUUUAGAUAUUAUCCGUGAUUUUAUUAGGAGUGAAAAACAGCCCAACUCUAUUCAUAAAUUCUGUAAAACGUUGGAGUCACAUGGAGUGCUGUUGCGAAUGUACACACAAAAUAUUGAUGGCUUGGAAAAGAAAUGUGGUAUAUCCUCCACUAAGCUAGUUGAGGCUCACGGCACUCUGGAGUCAGCUUCUUGCUGUAAGUGUUUUGCUCCUCACUCUCCAUCUUGGACUGAAAAGAUGAUUUUAGCACACAAAGUGCCAUCAUGUCGAAGAAAGAGUUGCUCUGGAUAUGUUAAACCGGAUGUCGUCAUGUUUGGUGAAGAACUUCCUAAAAAGUUUUAUCUUUACCCGAAAGAUUUUCAAAAAUGUGAUCUUUUGAUUAUCAUGGGAACAUCAUUGAAUGUUGAACCUUUCUCGGAAUUGGUUGAUGCUGUACCCAGAAAAUGUCCCAGAGUUCUACUCAACAGGGAUGCUGUUGGACCAUUUGCUGAUUCACGUCGGAAAAAUGACAUCUUCGUCCCUGGAGAUAUAUUGGAGUCAUUGAAACAAGUCAUUAAAUUGGCAGGGUGGAAUAAAACUAAAAACUCGGAUGACGAUUGUAGUUCUUCAGAGAGCAGUGCUUCGGAGACAGAAAGCAAAACUUGGGCAAGCACAAGAAACUUCCGUGAGAUGGCCACGGAGAAGAACUACAAACCGCCUGAGUCUGUGUGUUUACCAAACAGCGUCAUCAGAAAAUCUUCUCAGCACCAACUUGUAAACAAGAUGUCCCUUUUAUCUGUUGAAAGUACCAAAACUGCGAAGACUAUAUCUCGUCGAUCUGUUUCUGCUCCAAUUCCAAAGACUGAGCUAAAAGCCUCUGAGCAGACCAUCCCUACUGAGAUUUCGGGUAAUAGUACUGAUAGUCUGUCUCCUUUGUCAGGGUGUAGUGAGAAGAGUGUUGGCACAUCUGUAUCUAACGAGAACAGUUAUAACAAAUAUUGCGAUGAAAGUGAUAAUAAUAUAACGGUGGAAACAACGAUGAGCAGCAGGGGACAGCAGAAAUCGGAUGAAGUUCCUUUCAGCUGUAUAUCAGGGUGUACUACAGGCUUAAGUGAUUCACCCAAAACCUUAGAAUGGGCAUCAACCACUGUGCAAAGGGAUCCUCCACAUUCCUCACUAAAUCCUAAUUUACCACAACAAUCUAACCAAGGUACAGAGUUAAAAGCUUCGAACUGUCUCAUUAGCCCUGUUAUUCAGUUGAAUGGUGAUACCACAUCAGUUUCUUUAAAGGAAAAAAAUGCUGAAGUGAAAGAACCGUUAGGGUGUACUGACGACAAUGCUAAAGAAGAUCCGUCAUUCAUGACAAUGAACGUGUUGCCAAACCACGCUAAAAUAAACCACAAUAACUCCUCUAGUACUAGGGUAAAUAACCUCUCAGAGAGGAGGUCUGCUCCUCCAGACACACAGCCGGAUUUAAGGUAUCCUUUCAGCAGUGCUGUACAGAGAGUUAACAGAAAACCAGUUCAAGCAAAGCCUCUUUAUAACCAAAGGAGAUUUGUCCAGUUGAAGGAGUCUAAUAACAAAUUUACGAGAACCUCUAGUAAAGCUAAUGGAAUAACUCGAAGAAAAGCAUCUAAAACUCAGAUUGCCAAAAGCGUUAAAAAGAGUACUGGUGGGCAUGAGGAGCACCAGUCGUACAGUGACCUUCUAUACUCGGAAACAUCUGACAUAUUUAAAAAGGAGUUCAAUGUUUUCCUGACCAGUGAAAAAGCAGAAACCAUCAAGUCUCUUUGCUCCAACACUAAACCCUCUACUCGCCACAAACAAAAAUCAGGCCGGAGAAAUGACACUGUAGUAUCACCUUUUAGUUCGUACAAAAAAUCGAACGAAGCUGUUCAGUCAAAGUUGCAGAAAGAAACUGUACCAUCUACCGUUAGUCCAUGGAAACUAUCUACCGGCACACAAAACAGAAGGCAAUUGAAGGAAAUUUCAGGUUUAAGGAAAGAAGACUCUGGAAAAAUGCCCAAGAAACAAAUAGUGCUUCACUCCAGACCUUUCCUAAAAUUCAAAAGGACUGAUCGAGAUGCUUUUCAGUGGAAGGAGAGGCGAUGAUUUGGGAAGUUGAAAGCGUAAAAUUUAUAGUUUUGUACAUUUCGUAGUAUUUAAGUAUUUUGUAAACUUUUGAUAUUAUGUUGCUAUAUGUUACUAGUGUUGCUAGAUGAUUGACAUGAUUAAGCUCUUCAGCUCAAACAGAAUGUGAUCAAUAGAGUAAUAAACUCAAAAUAUUAUUAACAUUAACCGAUAAUUAAUAAUUAUCUCAUGAUUUGACUGCUUAAAGCUUACCUUAUUUCCUUUGACCGUGUUGAGAUCGGAAUUAUGAUAAUUACUAACGUGUCUAGUGUCUACUGUAUUGUCUACUGUAUUGUCUACUGUAUUGUCUACU